UUUCUCCACUGGUGGAUUGGGCUGGGGUGCUUUAUUUAGAAUUAAUAUGGACAUGAACAUCUACACAUAAAUUAGGUUAAUUGAUUCAUAUAGUGCUAUAUCCUGAUGAAUUAUAUUAAUUUUGGUUCCUAAAGUAUUUUAACUUUUAUUGCAUUUGUGUGAGUUUAUGAAUGAUGUCAUGUCUUUAUGUGUGUGUAUAUUGUAAAAAUACUGGUUGUGUUUUCACACACUGUUGGAUCUGUUUUGUAAAACUGUGAAAGUCAUUGUAUUUUUGAAAAAUAUCCAGUGUAUGACUAAUAUCUGCAUUUUGAUAUCAUUCUUUACAUCUAAAAUAUGUUCCAGAAGUGUAAGUGCGAUAAAUCAAAUAUAGUCCAUAUUUUAGGACUAAAACAUAUGGGACUUUCAAUCUUAAAUACACGACAUUUAGGUCACCUAGAGUCAAGACAUUUUCUGAACAUCAUACAGUAUGUAUUAUAGAUGUUAAUUCAAAAAUGUACCAACACAUUUUUGGUUUAAUCUGAAAGGUGUUGAGAUAAUAAUAUUUAAUGCAAAUGGUAAUGACAGAUUUAAUAUUUACAUUAACUUUUUGUUAAAUUCUACGGUCAGUGGCCAAUUUUUUUGGUCAUUGAGCUUUAUUUUUAUAAACCUUUGUGUGUGCGCCCUUCAUAACAUUACAUUAUAUUAUUGUAGUUAUAAUGACAAACAACACAAGUGUGAGAUUUUGUUUUACUUAAAAUGUGUCUAGAAAAUAGUUGAGGUUUUAUGUUAAAACUGCAAAGCAUAUUUUGUCAAUCGAGCUGACACAUUGGUAAUUUGAUUAUUUUCAUAAAUAUGUAUGUGUGUGUGUGUGUAUAUAUAUAUAUAUAUAUGUGUGUGUGUUUGUUGUAAGGGGACAGCAGUUAUGGAAGCUAUUAUACUAUUAUAAAUUCCUGGUAAUUUGAUGUUUCCUCACAGGUUUUUGAACCACAAAACCAAAGUACUCCCAAAGACAAACCUGAAGAUGAAAGAGAUGCACAGGGACAUUCAGCAACAAUUCAGCCUGAACAGUAAAUACACGGAUCUGUAUGCACCAGGUGUUGAGGAAGAGGAUGAGGAGCUGGUUGCAUUCAAUGCGGAGAAAUUCCAACACACAGUGAUGGAGAUGCACAGUACACUACCUGACAUUGUAGCAAACCUGUCACUUCCUAUUGAUCACAAGAGUCAGCAGAUUGAGAAUGCUGCGUCAUUGGAUGCUCUACAGGAAUGUAUCAUGAGACACAGCACAAUGCUACAGACAGCAGGCUGUCUCAGGCAUGUGGCUGCUGUAGAAGAAAGGAAAGAAGUUGUGGCAGACUACCUCCGAUGGUAUAUUAUUGACCUCAACUCAUCUGUAAUUGACAGAUUCAAAGAUGGUCUUUCAGCCCUUGAGUUCCUGACUGCACUACAGCAACACCCUACUUUGCUGACCCCUGUCCUGUGCCACUUUGAAAAGCAGCUCACCGGCUUUGAACUUGAGACACUCUUCAAACCUAAACUCAGCCCUUCAGGAAGUAAUAGGAGACUAAAAGAAAGUCUAACCUUGGCCUACUGGGCAGACUAUCUCCUUGAUUGUGAAGAAGGAGAGGCUGCAGUUUCUGUGGAGAACAUUUUGAUGUUUGCAACUGGCCUGACAUCACUUCCCCCAUCUGGCUUGGAACCAUUGCCACAAAUAGAGUUCCUGGAUGACUCCCCAUUCCCAAUGGCAAACACAUGUUCAAACUUGUUGAAAUUACCACUCCUGGAUUCAUACAGCGUGUUUAAAUCACAAAUGGACUUUGGAAUUAAAAAUAGUCCAGGAUUUGGUUGUUUGUAAACCAUAUGGCUGGAUAAUCCCUAGAGAGCAGGGGUCAGCAACCUUUUCAAUUUCAUAAGCCACCCCCCACACACUAUAAAAUUUGUCUAGAGCCACAAUAAAAACAAUUUGUAUGUUAAGGAUUUAAAGUAAUUAAACUAAAAUCUAUUUACAUUUAAUGAUUUAGAACAAAAUGAAUUAUCUUACAUUUACAAAUGACAAAACUAAAUUUUGUAGAAUGAGGCCAUAUAUUUUAUAUUCCAUAAAAAUAGAAAACAAAGACCGGUGGCUCACUUAAAAAUAUAAAGCACACACUUUAAAGUUAAAAAAACUAACUAGUUUUAAAAGGCUUAUACUAUUGGUGCCCUUCUGUUGAUAUUCUAUGCAGAUACUGCAUAAAAACAUAGAACUGCUAAAACCACCCUUUUUCAUUGCCAUUAUAUUUAAAAAUAUUUCUCAUUAUGUGGCUCAGGAGG